AAAAAUCUGUCAUUUACGAAACAAAGAAAUUGGAUACUUUUAUUGUUGUCUGAAGAUAUAAUUUAAGUCAAUGCUUUUAUACAAUAAAGUAUUAUUUAGUAUAUUUAAUGUUAUUUGAAGCAAUGUUUUGUAAACAAUUACUUGUUCAUGCAUUUAUAUAAUGAAUAAUUUUUGUGAAGUGACAGUGUAUAUUAAUUAUGUUAUUUGUUUCAAAAUUAAUGAUCCAGUCAAAUUAUGAAUAAUUACAGAUACCAAAAAAGUGGCUAUUGAUUUUAAUAUAUCUUUUUAAAAAUAUGUUUAAUCCUAUACAAAUAAAACAUGAGUGUAUGGGAAUGGAAGAUGUUAAUUCUGAUGGGAAAAUUAACGUUUCAAACAUCUCCAAAUAUCCAACAUUUAAUGAUGAAGAUAAUGAUUAUAAAUAUAAUCAGUUACCAAUCUUUUGGGAUCAUACGCAAAAUGAAAUACGAACAAAAACAGAAAUUCAUGGCCAGCAAAGCUUAUUUCAAACAGAAGAAAAUGGUUCCUUGAUGUAUAUGAAAGAUUAUGUACAAAACAGUAUGUUAUUUCAAGUUAAUCAGGAAAGAAAUUUAACUCAGAGUCAGAUGAAUCAACAAUGUCAUAUUAUAGAUGUGAUUCAAAAAGAACAACAAUCACAAUUUUGUCAAACUAUGCAACAAGGAAAAUAUGAAAAUCAAAUGCUAAUUACUUCAGAACCCAUAUUAACAAUAAAACCUAAUCAUUCUGGAAGACUACCUAACAGUUCUUUAGAAACAAAUGCACAGAAAAAAUUCAAAUGUCAGUGUGAAAUUUGCUUUAAAGAAUUUGGGCACAAAAGUAAUUUAUUUAUACAUAUGAGGACCCAUAACGGAGAACGGCCUUAUAAAUGUAAUCAAUGUGAAAAAUCUUUUACUCACAGUGGAAAUUUAGCUAUUCAUAUGAGAACACAUUCUGGUGAAAGACCUUAUGGUUGUCAAAUAUGUGGAAAAAUGUUUAGUCACAGUGGAAAUUUGUCAACACAUUUAAGAACUCAUUCGGGUGUUAAACCUUACAAAUGUACUGUAUGUGGUAAAGAAUUUAGACAUAGUGGAAAUUUAUCAAUACAUGAAAGGAUACAUUCUGGAAUUAAACCAUUUCAGUGUAAAGUUUGUGGAAAAGAUUUUUAUCAUAGUGGAAAUUUAACAACACAUAUGAAAAAACAUACUAUAAAUAAUAGUACUUAUGUUAAUCAAUGUGAAAAUAAUGAAAAACAAGCAAUUUAUACUAUGGUAAAUCUUAAUAGUGCUGCAUCUUUAAAUUCAUUCAAUAAUUUGUCAUUGACUCAAACCAUUGAUACUAAUCUAAUGCCUAGUACAAACAAUAUUGUUCCUAUAAAAAAUGAAAGUAAUAAUGAAGUAACAAAUACACUUGAAAUAUUAACACCAACAUCGUCUUAAGUAUAUAUUAAGUAAAUAUUAAAAUAAAUCGCUGCUAAUGAAGCUUAUGAACUUAUUUUAUAAUAGAAAUACAAAUACGUUACAGAAUUAAAAAUUUCUUUCGUUUUAAAUGUAUAAAUAUGUAUUUUCUGAAUUACACAUAAGGCAGCUGUUUUGUAAGCAGUUAGUAUUGUACACUUAACACAUGUACAGAGUACAGUUUGAAUAUGUGCAAUUUCACAUAAUUGACUAAUUAUUUAUAAAUUCAUUCUUCAAUAACUAUAAUUUAAAAACUGAAUUUAUAAAUAAUUUCUUAUACAAAUCUCCUCUGUUCUGAUAUUUCACAAUGCUUAUUUUCAUAAAGUGCUUAAGCUUUUCAUUAUUUUAUUUUAAGUCAUUUAACGUAUAAAGUAUUACAUAUGAAAUUGUCUUUCAUGCGAUUUUUGAGAUAUUAAUUCUAAAAAUAAUAUU